AUGGAAAAAAUAGUUAGCUUAGAUGAAGAAUAUGAAUGCAUUAAAAUUUUAAAAGAAGCUUUAUUAAAAAUAUUUAAUAAUAAUUAUAAUUAUAAUGAUAUCGAUUACAAGCAUUUAAAAAAAUGCGUUUAUAAACUAGUUAAUAAGGAUUAUUCCGACAAGCUUUAUGUAGAACUGUAUAAUAUUAUUUAUGAAUACAUAAUACAUAUAAAAAAUAAAAUAUUAAAAUCUUACGAAUUCAAUUUAUAUUAUGAAAAGUCGAUUCCAACACAUGGUGCACAGAAACUCAAUAAAAUGAACUUUUCUUUUAGCAGAAAUGAAAAUAGAGAUUUAGAAUUAUACUUUUCUUAUAAUAAAAGUAGUAAUAAUUUUAUACACAUAAAAAAAAUGAACGAACUAAAUAAUAAAAAUUAUAAAAAAUAUUCAUAUGAUAAAUUUAUGAUUGUUAAUAAUCUAAAAUUAUUUUUUGAAAAUAAUGAAAAUAAUUAUUUUAAUGAUCAAAUAUAUGAUGAACAUUCAAUUUUCUUUAAAUCUUAUUUAUAUUCUAAAAAUUUAAUAAAUUUUAAAAAUAUUUUAUUUAGCAACUGCAUAAAACUUGAAGAUACCUCCAUUUUCAAUAGAAAAGAUAAUAUAUGUUUAAAUAAUUUUAAAAAUAGAAUAUGUAAUAAAAUUACAAAUUUAUUUUAUAAAUAUUCUUAUUGCUUGUUUCUAAAAGAAAAAGAGUAUUUAAUAGAUCAAAAAGAUUACUAUUAUAAUAUAAACAGUUUUAUUCAUUUACAAUGUUUAUGCCUAGAAAAUUUAACCGAGAUACAUUUUAAUGAUGAAAAAUACCAAGAAAAAGUGUAUUUGAAAUACAUCAAAGAAAUCGAUGAAGAAAAAAAGGAUGAUAUAUUUUAUAUUUUAAAAGAUGAUCAUAAAAUGAUUCAAAAAUACAAAAAAUUUAAUUAUGAAAAUUUAUAUUCUAAAUCUUGUAAUAUUAAUAAAAGAAAAUAUUAUUAUAAUAUUUUCGAUGGAAAAAAAAAUAAAGAAGUAAACCAAGAAGAAUAUUAUAAUUCUGAUGAUUCAGCCACUUUUUCACAAAAAUUUGCUCUAUAUUUUAAUAAAACUGAUAAUAUUUAUAAAAAAAUUGACCUAUAUGAAAUAUUUAAAUUCGGUUUAAGCGUUGAAAAUAAUUUAUUAUUUAAUUCAAAAAUAAAUAAAAAAGAAAAAGCAAUAGAAGAUUAUAAUAUAACGUCCAUUUAUCUGAGAAAUAAAAAUUCCAUUGAAAAUAAGCAUAUUUUUAGAAACAAAGUUAAUCAUAAUAUUAUAAUUAUAAAAGAUCUAAUAUAUUUUCUAAUUCAUUAUAAAUUGUCUCAAUUUUCUAAUAUAAUUCGAAUCGCUAUUAUAUCUUUAUGCAUUUUAAUAGGAAGAUACAUAAGUAGUCAUACUAUUAAUUUUAAUAAGCAAAAUAAAUUUGAAUAUAGAGUUUUUAAUAAUAUCCUUCUUCUUUAUUAUAUGAUUAAAAAACAAUUGUAUACUUUUAAUGAUGAUAUGAAUAAAACCAUAUGUAAAUUUUUAGAUAUAUUAAGUAUUAAUGAAUAUGUUUAUUUCUUUUUAAAGAAAAAAAUAGUUACGUUGAAAAAAAUAAUAAAACAUCAUUCAAAACUUCUUAAGAAAAAUGUAUUAGAAAAGCAAUAUUAUCUCUUAAAUAAUGAAAAACACGAUUAUACUCAAAGUGAGAACUAUAGUAAUGAUAAUAAUAUUAAAAAUAUUUUAAUAGAAAAUAUACAAGAUGAAAAUGAAGUAACAAAAAAUUGGAGCAACUGUACAGAAGAAAAGGAGAAAGUUACAAUUCAAUUCAAUAUAUAUAAUAUACCUCUAAAAGAGAUAAAUAUACUAUUUUAUAGUAUUUUAAUGUUCUUAAAAAAUUCAGAGGAAGUUUAUCGUUUGUCUUUUUUAAAAAAUGUAACAGAAUGGAAUUAUUUUAGUAUUAUUUAUUCCCUUAUAAAUUCUAAUAAAUAUAAUAAAAAUAUAUAUAAAAUUAUAAAAAAAAGGUGUUUAAAAACAAAAGAAAAUGCUAUUAAUUAUUAUACAUGUAAUGAAAAAAAAAUGUGUAUCAUUAUAACUAAUAAAAUAUUAAUGAAUAUUUAUAGAAUAAUAGCAUGUAAAUUUAAUUAUAAUUAUAAAUACAAAUAUAAUAUUCUUUUAAAUUAUAUAAAAUUAUAUAAUGUAGUGAUUUUCUUUUGGAGAAAAUGGAUCAACGAUUUAAAAAAUAUAAAUGAAAUUUUCACUUACAUGUAUGAUAACUUUAUAAAUAAUAAGAUGUACAAAAGAAAAUAUUUCUUAAAAAAAAAUUAUAUGUAUAUAAUAAAAAAUUGUAGACAUAAUUUCACAAAAAAAAAUUUAAAAGAAUCAAAAAUAAAAGAACAUGUAAGGAGAAAAAAACAUAAAAAAACAUUGCUACAUUUUGAUUCUUUAGGGAUUUUUUUAUUUAGUGAACUAAUUUUAAACAAUGUUUUUAUAAAAAAGGUUAUCAAAAAAUGCAUAUUUUAUUAUUAUACUUUUUUUAAUAGUCAUAAAAAAGAAAUAUAUAAUUUUCUUCAAAUAAUUUUUUAUUUAGAUAAAUUAUUAGGUAUUAAUUAUUAUUAUAAUUACUUUGAAUUUGAUUUUUCGUUAUUCUAUUUUAUAUAUAUUACCAACAUUAUGCAUAAGAUAAUUGAAUAUAAGAAUCUGUCAUAUUUUCUUAAUUUUAUGACUAAUAUAAUGUUUGAAAAAAUAUAUUUUAAUAAAGGGCUUCAUAUAUUUAAUAAUUUUCAUACAUUUAAGAAAUAUAUUAUAACUAAUAGUUUUACAAAAAAGCAUUCUAUUAUGUUUUUAAAUAAAUAUAAAAAAGAGAUAUUUUACUAUUUCCAAACGGUGAAAUAUGAUGAAUUACAAAAAUUAUAUUCCAUUAUUAACACUGUUUUAAAAAGUUGCAAACAAAAUAUUCUAUCUUUAUUCGAAGAUGCUAUAAUAAGUGAAUUUAAUGAAAAAUUAAAAAAUCACUAUAUCUUUUUUCCUAAAAAGGUAUGGAACAACUUUUUAGAUAUAAUAAAUAGUAACUUCUCUGAUAAAAUAAUUAUUGAAAACAAAUUAAAUGAUUUAUUUUCCAUUUUAUUGAAAGAUCAUGAUAAGUACAUUUCAAACAAUAAAAAUUUUACAUUGAAUAAUAACAUAAAUACUAACAUAGAAUAUAAAGGUGCAAUAUAUCCUGAAAAUAAAUACAAAAAUAAAAAUAACUUAGAAAGCAUUAAUAAAUUUAAUGUAAAAAAAAAUAAUAAAAACGUUUAUACCAAAGAAAAAUAUAUGUAUUUAGUCAAUGAAAGUAUAAAAAAAAGUCCAAUAAAUAAUAUAGAUAAAGAAACUUCUAAUUAUAAAAAAAAAGGAAAAAAAAAUAGUAAUAAAAUACCAAAUUAUAAAAAUUACAAUGAAAUUUUAAAUGAUAAAUUAUCUAUUACCUUUAAAAAUUUCAAUUUAAAAGAAGAAAAUAAGAAAUGUUAUGAAAGUUGUUUCUUAAAAUAUAAAAACAAUGAAACAAAAAAUUGUUCUGAAAAUUUAGACAUAAACAAAAUGAACAAAGGCACAUUAAGUGAAUCGGUAGAUUACUAUUUAUUGUUUUUUUUAUUAAAUAAUGAGGAAGAUUAUUAUUUUUUACAUUACAUAUUUAGUUUAAUUUUCAUUUAUUAUAAAUACAAAUUUAUAAUAAAUAACUGUUUCAAUAAAGAUGAAUUUUUUUUUUUGUCAUAUAAAAAAGCAAUUUUUAAAAUAGUAAAUGCAGAUAAUAAUAUAGCAUUUUAUUUUUCAAAAUUUUUAGAUUUUUUUGCUAAAGAAAUAAAUCUUUCAACAUGCUAUGAUAAUAAUGUAGACAUGAACAAAAGUUUUCUAAAAUUUUUCAAUAACCAUACUAUUAAAAAGAAGUAUUAUAAUCUUAAUAGUAUUAUAAUCAUGAAUAAGAAAAGCAAUAAAGAAGACAAUUCCAUAGUUCAUUUAAUAAAAAAAGAACAAGGUAAUGAGUUUAUUUCAAAAAGUAAACAUUUAGAAAAAAAUAAUAACUUAUCCCAAGAAGGUAAUAAAAAAUACUCUAACUUCAAUACAAACGUACACGAAAAUAAAGGUAUAAAUGAAAUUAAAAAUAAAAAAAAAAAGAUUAAAGAUAACAAAAAUAUUAAUACUAGUAAUAACAAAGAUUUCCUUAAUAAUAAUUUAAAAAAAAAAAAAAGUAAUUCUGAUAAAUAUUAUUAUUAUGAAAUAUUUGAAAAUAAAAAUUAUUCUAUAACAUUUCUGAAAAGUAGUCUAAUUUUAUGUACAUUAAAAUUAUUACAAAAUAAUAACAAGAAAAUCCUAUCUCAUUAUAAAGAUAUUAAUUGUUUUGUAAAUUUUUAUUUAUCAGUAAAAAGAAAAAAUGCAUAUGAUAACAAUCAAUGUAAUUUUUAUGACUUCAUUACAAUGAUUUAUUAUUGUAAAAAUAAAAAAGAAAAAAAAUUUUGUAAACGUUUUCUAAAAGAUAUUUUCAAAAUUUUUCAUUUUAUAGAAGAUAAAAAUGAAGUAGAAUAUUAUUGUAGAAAAUUUUUGACAAAACGUUUAUUUAAUGAAAUUAACAAUGAGAGCGUUGAAAAGUAUAUUAUUAAAAUCUUUAAUAAUAUUGAAGGUGAUAAUUAUGUAUACAGUAUGAAAAAUAUGAUGUGUGAUUUCACAAAAUACAACAGUAAUUUAAAUAAAAUAUCUUCUGUUGACAGAAAAAAUGCGAAUAUACUAUUUCUUCGUAAUAUAAAUUGGUUAUAUGAUAAAUAUGAAGACAUUUUAUUAAAUGAUAAUAUAAAAAAUUAUAUUAAUUCAGUUACAGAAGAACUUUUAAAUACCCAUUAUAAUAUAAAAAUUGAAUGGAUUUUUCAUUUAUCAUAUGGACAACUUAUUUUUGAAAUAAAUAAAAAAAAGUAUAUCAUACAUUGCCAUAUGUACGUUUUAACUAUUCUUCUUCUUUUUAAUAAAAAAGUGGAAAAUGAAAAUGUGAAUCAAUUAAAUAACCAAGAAAUAAACGUCAAUAUAGAAAAGAAGGAAAGUAGUAAACAAACCAUCAUAUGUAAUAAAUUGGAUAUUAAUUAUAUACAUGGUCAUACAAAAAUAAAAAGAGAAAAUAUUAAAAGCAUUUUGAAUCUUUUGGUUAUGAAAUAUAAAAUAUUACUUAAUGAAGUAUCAAAAAAAAAUAAUGAUACAAUUGAUCUUUAUUAUGUAAAUUUUAAUUUCUCCUCAAAAAAUGAAGUAAUUUUUAUAAUUGACGAACAUAUUGAUCCAGCCAAAAUUAAAAAAGAAAAAAAAAAUUAUAUUUACAAUUCAGAACAACACUUAACUUAUGAGCAAUAUUUAAUUGAAGCCUAUAUAAUUAAAUAUGUUAAAAAAAAUGGGAGUACUGAUAUAAAAUUUUUAAUUGAUGAAACAGAAAAACAUUUUAAUCAUUCAAAUAUAAAUUCAGAAAAAAUAAAUAAUUCUAUUAUUCAUCUUAUUAGUAUGGAUUAUUUGAAAAAGACAGAAAGUGGGAUUCUUGAAUAUAUAUAA